AUGAUAUCUCUGUUUUUCUUGCUGUCUCACUCUCUCUCUCUCUUUCUCUCUCUCUCUCUCUUUCUCUCUCUCUCUCUCUCAAGCCUUCACCUCUAUAAUCUCAUCGCUUGUGUUUCACCUCAUUCACAUCUCGUCGCCGUCCUCUCUAUUCAAUCUUUGUCUCUUUCUUUUCCUUUUUUCCUUUCCCGUUCUUCCUUUGUUUUCUCUUUGCAUUUAGUCUUACUUUUAUUUUUGGUUGACUUUAUUUUCCCUUUCAUUUCUGCCUACCUUUUUCUUUCUUAUUUUCAUUUUCUUUGUCUUUCUUUCUCUUUUCUCUUUCUUUCUUUUUUCUUUCUUUUUCUUUUCUCUUUCUUUCUUUCUUUCUUUCUUUCUUUUUCUUUUUCUUUUCUCUUUCUUACGUUCAUUUACUUUGAUUCUUUUACAUUUUCAUUUCACUUUCUUUUUCAUUUCUCUUUCUUACUUUCUUUUCCAUUGUUUCGUUUUCUUUUCUCUUUUCUUUUUCAUUUUUUGCUUUCAUUUUCUUUGUUUCUUUUUCUUUCUCUCUCUUUCUUUUUUCUUUUCAUUUUCUCUUUCUUUCAUUUUCUUUGUUUCUUUUUCAUUUCUCCUUCCUUUUUCUUUUUCGUUUCUCUUUCUUACCUCCAUUUUUUGUUUCUUUUUUCUUUUUUACACUUUCUUUCUUUUCUUUACAUUUUCUCUUUCUUACUUUCAUUUUCUUUGUUUUUUUUCAUUUCUCAUUCUUUUUCUUUUUCGUUUUCUCUUUCUUACCUCCAUUUUUUUUGUUUCUUUUUUCUUUACAAUUUGUUUUUUUUUCUUUUCAUUUUCUCUUUCUUUCAUUUUCUUUGUUUCUUUUUCAUUUCUCCUUCUUUUUUCUUUUUCGUUUCUCUUUCUUACCUCCAUUUUUUGUUUCUUUUUCUUUACACUUUCUUUCUUUUUUCUUUACAUUUUCUCUUUCUUACUUUCAUUUUCUUUGUUUCUUUUUCAUUUCUCAUUCUUUUUUCUUUUUCGUUUCUCUUUCUUACCUCCAUUUUUUGUUUCUUUUUCUUUACAAUUUGUUUCUUUUUUCUUUUCAUUUUCUCUUUCUUUCAUUUUCUUUGUUUCUUUUUCAUUUCACCUUCUUUUUUCUUUUUCGUUUCUCUUUCUCACCUCCAUUUUUGUUUUUGUUUCUUUUUCUUUACACUUUAUUUCUUUUUUCUUUUCAUUUUCUCUUUCUUUCAUUUUCUUUGUUUCUUUUUCAUUUCUCCUUCUUUUUUCUUUUUCGUUUCUCUUUCUCACCUCCAUUUUUGUUUCUUUUUCUUUACACUUUAUUUCUUUUUUCUUUUCAUUUUCUCUUUCUUUCAUUUUCUUUGUUUCUUUUUCAUUUCACCUUCUUUUUUCUUUUUCGUUUCUCUUUCUUACCUCCAUUUUUUGUUUCUUUUUCUUUACAAUUUGUUUCUUUUUUCUUUUCAUUUUCUCUUUCUUACUUUCAUUUUCUUUGUUUCUUUUUCAUUUCCCUUUCUUUUUUCUUUUUUGUUUCUCUUUCUUACCUCCAUUUUUUGUUUCUUUUUCAUUACACUUUCUUUCUUUUUUCUUUUCAUUUUCUCUUUCUUACUUUCAUUUUCUUUGUUUCUUUUUCAUUUCUCCUUCUUUUUUCUUUUUCGUUUCUCUUUCUCACCUCCAUUUUUGUUUCUUUUUCUUUACACUUUAUUUCUUUUUUCUUUUCAUUUUCUCUUUCUUUCAUUUUCUUUGUUUCUUUUUCAUUUCACCUUCUUUUUUCUUUUUCGUUUCUCUUUCUUACCUCCAUUUUUUGUUUCUUUUUCUUUACAAUUUGUUUCUUUUUUCUUUUCAUUUUCUCUUUCUUACUUUCAUUUUAUUUGUUUCUUUUUCAUUUCCCUUUCUUUUUUCUUUUUCAUUUCCCUUUCUUUUUUCUUUUUUGUUUCUCUUUCUUACCUCCAUUUUUUGUUUCUUUUUCAUUACACUUUCUUUCUUUUUUUCCAUUUCUGUUUCUUACUUUCAUUUUCUUUGUUUCUUUUUCUUUCUCUUUGUUUUUUCUUUUUCAUUUUUCGUUCAUACUCGUUUUUUCUUUGUUUCUUUUUCAUUACACUUUCUUUCUUUUUUUUUUCAUUUCUCCUUACUUUAAUUUUCUUUGUUUCUUUUUCACUUCUUUUUCUCUUUUUCAUUUCUUUUUCUUACCUUCAUUCAUUCUUGAAAAUUAUUCAUUUAUGUCUUGUCCUAUUUCCUUCAUCAACAAGGCAAACUUCUUUUUUCUCCAACUGA